AUGAUGAAGUAUCUGAUAAUCCUGUUUACAAGGAAGGAUGACUUGAUUCAUAACAACGUCACUGUUGACGAAUUUAUUGCAGAAGCACCAGAUAGGCUGAAGACUUUACUCCUAGCAUGUCAACAUAGAUUUGUGGCAUUCAACAAUAGGGCACCAGAGGAAGAUCGAGAUCAAGAUGUCCAAUCAUUACUCAAUGCAGUUGAUAAAAUGGUAGUUGCAAAUCGAGGAAGGUGCUACAGCAACUGGAUCUAUGUUUCCGCUAGUAGGAUUAUAGAGGACAGAAAGGAACAGCUAAGACUUGAGCACAGGAUAGAUGUCCAGAACAAGAAAGAUUACGUCAAGCGAAAGCGGAAGAUGAAGCAUGAAAUUCUAGCCCAACUUCAACAGAGGCUGCAGGACCUCAAACAGGAGAGGUCAGAUGAUUCCACGGAGUCCUCCGAAAUAUACGCAGUGCAACAGGAGAUCCGGGGUUACGAAAUGAUGAUAGAAAAACAUCAAAGGCAGUACGAGGUGGAAUGUAGGAAAGAAGAACGAGUGAUGGCAAAUGACAUGAAUUUACAUUUCAGAGAUUCAUUUCGAGAUGUAAUGGACAUGGGGACAAACCGUAAUAUCAGCGUUCGUGAAACUGGACUGAAAAUGUUGAUAUUGGAGGUAAAGAAGACGGUAUCGUCUAUUCUUGGGUGA